CGACCGCGCCGCAGUUGCCCGCACGAGAACCACACGACCGGUGAGGACGGCGUCAUGCCGGGCUUCCUCGUGCCCCCGUGGUAUCACGACGAUGGACCCAGCGACGCCUCGGUCCGGCUCGCCCUGCUGACGAUUGGCUUCUUCACGGCCGUGACGUGCUUCACCCUGGUCAAGCUGAUAUACCAGACCUAUUGGUUCUGGGUCCGGUCGCUCAAGCCCAACGAGUACCUCGUCAUGGUCCAAUUAAGCGUCAACAUCCUAAUACACAUACUCAAAUUCCUCAUCCCCUGCCCCCGCCGAGCUGCGAGGAUCAAAUGGACGGUUGUCGGGACGCAGAUGCUCAUGCUCAUAUCCAUCUACAUCGUCUGGAUACCCGCGCAACUGCAGGUCAACAAUACCUUCUUGACCCUGGACGGGAUCUGGGUCAAGAUCAUCUCGUUCGAGUGCCUGUUCGUGAACGGAAUGCUGGGCGGCUACCUCGCCCUGCUGGCCAAGCGGAGGCGCGAUACGGCAAAGGGCCUGAAUUACUGGUCCGACUGCUUUUGGAAAAUCUUGGCGCUGGUUUCCAUCAUGACGCUGAUGGACGUUAUGAAUGUCGUCGCCUUGUCAUUGCCGGAUAGAUAUUUCUAUAUACUAUUCCAACCCACCAUGUACAUGGUCAAAGUCUUCACCGAGAUGACCAUCUCCGAGGUUCUGUGCAAGAUCCUCUACCCGAGCGACAGCAGCGCGGCGGCCUACGGCAUCUGCGAGGACCUGGACAUGAACGUGGCGUGGGAUGAUCCGGAGCACGGCGGUAGCAGCUUUGGCUCGGACCCUUCCCCGUCUUUCAACGGCAUGACCCUAGGCGGCAGCUCGGGAGGACAGCAGCCGCUGCCGCCAAACUGGACGCCCGACAUGAACUGGUGGCCGUGGACGACAUUCCGCACCACCGUCACGAGCGACCACACGCACGCCGAGAACCAGCCCUGGACCGGAAUACAAAAGACGGUCGAGACCGACGUCCGCCACGAGUGGGUCGUGCUGCACCACAGGGAGAGGGAGGGCCGUGACGUCAAGGCACACCCGCCCGUCGUGAGGAUGUUGCUGAGCGUGUGGCCCGGCGUCUCGCCUACAAAGGAGAUGGAGUACAUUGGCGGCCGGAGGGAUAGAGUUGGUCAGGGUUAG